ACAUUUUAAAAUUCGUCUAAUGUUUUACCCCGUGCUUCACCAACGCUGUUUUUAAAUAAAUUAACCUCUUAAGGGGCAACAAUGGCGAACGUAGCUACAGCCGUGGCAGCAGUUGCAGGAAGAGACCCUGCUGUAGACCGCUCCCUAAGAUCUGUCUUUGUGGGAAACAUCCCAUAUGAAGCAACAGAAGAGCAGCUGAAAGACAUCUUCUCAGAAGUUGGUCUUGUCGUCAGUUUCAGGUUGGUAUACGACAGAGAAACUGGAAAACCGAAAGGUUAUGGCUUCUGUGAGUACCAGGACCAGGAGACGGCACUCAGCGCCAUGCGCAACCUCAACGGCCGAGAGUUCAGUGGCAGAGCGCUGCGUGUGGACAACGCCGCCAGUGAGAAGAACAAAGAAGAGCUUAAGAGUUUGGGUACUGGAGCUCCCAUCAUUGAGUCCCCAUAUGGAGACAACUGCCCAGCUGAGGAGGCACCGGAGUCCAUUAGCAGAGCUGUGGCUAGCCUGCCACCAGAACAGAUGUUUGAGCUUAUGAAACAAAUGAAACUGUGUGUUCAGAACAGCCCACAGGAGGCCAGGAACAUGCUCCUGCAGAAUCCACAGCUAGCCUAUGCACUGCUUCAGGCACAGGUUGUCAUGAGGAUUGUAGACCCUGAGAUUGCCUUGAAAAUGCUCCACCGGCAAGCUUCUGUGCAACCCAUAAACCCAAACAGCCAGUCAGGGCCUUUGCCAGUGUCUAACCAGCCUCAUGCCCAGCCAAGUGCUCCAGUUUCUCAGCCCCAGGCCAUGCCAGGAAUGCACGUGAAUGGUGCUCCUCAGAUGAUGCCACCUUCUCAGAUGGGAGGUGGAGUGCCAGGGCCAAUGGCAGGACAGGGGCCAAUGCCGGGACAAGGCCCAAUGCCAGGACCAGGGCCUCUCGUUCCAGGAGGUGGAAUUCAGCCUCAGAUGGGGAUGCCCCAAGGGGGCCCUGUUCCUAUGGACAGAGGUGCAGUGCCCAUGGUAGACCCACGAGCUCCUAUGCGAGGAGCACCUCCAGGACCUCAAGGGAUUCCACCAAGAGGCCUGCUGGGUGAUGGUCCUAAUGAUCCACGAGGAGGAUCAUUAGUAAACGUGGGAGGAGAAGUAGUGGAGCCUCGUGGUUACAUGGGAGGCCCUCCACCGCACCAGGGCCCACCCAUGCAUAUGGCCCCUCCAGACAUGCGUGGACCCCAUGACAUGAGAGGAGCACCCAUGUUAGGAGAGCCCAGAGGCCCAAUGAUGGAUCAGCGUGGUCCACCCAUGGACUCUAGAGCUGCAAUUCCUUCAGGUCGUGAUCCUCGAGCUGUAGAAACUAGGGGUCCUGUGGCAGGCCAGCGGGUGCCUGUAGCGGGUGGAAUGCAGAGUGCUCCUUCUCAUGGAAUGCCAUCAAAUGCUUCCCAGUCUGCCCGACCUGGUCCUGCACCUGAGGUUUCCUCUCAAGAUCAUGAAAAAGCUGCUCUAAUUAUGCAGGUCCUCCAGCUGACUCCAGAACAGAUCGCCAUGCUUCCCCCUGAGCAGAGGCAGAGUAUCCUCAUCUUGAAAGAGCAGAUUCAGAAAACUGCGGGGGCCCCGUGAGAAUUUUCAAAAAAAUUCCUUUUUUUCUUUUGUUUCUGUCUGUCUUCCUUCUCUAGACAAGACAGAAUAAUUUUGGUUUUUGAGUGUGAUAAUGACUUAACAUUUUUUGUUGUAAGCUGCACCUUAACAUGCCAUUGUAGCGUGGUUUUUUUCCAGGAAGUUUCCAUUUCUAGGAAUUACUAGGAACCUCAAAACAAAUUUCUUCCUGGUGUUUUUAGGCCUGAUGUAAGCAUACAAUAUAUAUAUAGGCUUAUCUUUUCUGUUAGUCAUUACAGGUUAAAGAUGUAUUAUUUGUUCAUUACCUGGUGUCUGGGGUUUUUUUUUUUUUUGAAAGAGCACCUCCUGCUUUGAAAUGCAGGGGGGGAAUAACCCUGACACUAAUCAUACUAAAGAACCCAUUAAAGUACAUAGCUGGAAUUUGUUCAUUUCAAUAUUGCCAAAGCAACUGUUUGUCUGUAUGUUUUGUUGAUAAUUUUUUCUUCAAUAAAAAAUGACAACUUGUGGCUAGUGCAAAUAGAA